UUGUUGUAUUACUUGCAAAGAAAGGAUACAAGUGGGAUUGAGAAUAGAUAUUUUGAUCUUUUAUGUGUUCCCAUAGCAAUUUGUGUGGUUUCAACAAUGUUAGAAUUGAGAUCUAACAGGUCCAUUUACUCGAAAUCGGUACGAGGUAUUGGGUUGAUUUUACACGGAACAUGGUUUGUGCAAAUGGGAUUUUCAUUUUACACUAAUUUGAUGGUUCAUGGAUGUAGCUUACAUGAAAAAAGUAGAGGGAAUUAUACUAUUAAAUGCAGAAGUCACCCUGAUUAUCAUAGAGCAAGGUCUAUUGCCACAUUGCAAUUCAAUUGCCAUCUUGCUUUGCUUGUGGUUCUGGUUGUUGGGAUGUUAUCGCUUAUUGGCAAAAGAAACGGUGUUGCUGUUGGUGCUUCAGGGGAUGGUUUGCGGUAUAAGCCAUUAGGGGCUGAAAUACAGCUAAUGGAUAGUAAUGGGGGGAAUUUCACUUUGGAUUUCGAUGAUGAUCUCGACAGUGGGAUUAAAGAAGAAGAUGAUUUGGUGAAAGAGAAGUCGGCUGUUGUGGAAUUGGGUGGUAAUGGCCAUGCUUCACAUGUCUGAGAUAACUAAGCAAAUUCAGGCUGUUAACGAGGUUUACAAGUUUCACAAUCUUCCCGAGUUCUAUAAGGUCUGUGCCGUUAUAAUUAAUUGCCAAGUCUAAUCAAUAGUUCAUAAAAUACAGAGCAAUGAUCUUAUUCUUUGACAUUGACCCAAAUACCCAACAGGUAUGCUAUGCCUUUACUUUCUACAUCAUUACAUCUAUUCUAACAAAGAAAUUGUUUGGGAUUAAGCUUUGGGUUGUGUUGGCUAUCACUAGAGCUUCUGGAUUGUUAAAGCAAUUACUGGUUUUGAUUAAUUACAUCUAUGGUUUUUCCAAUAGGAGGAUUGAAUUGCUUUGCACGUCAUUAAGGUCUUUCCUUUUAGAGUUUCUAGUUUGCUUGAGUUUAAAAUGUGGAUGUGUUUUAGUAACAUUUUGUCUUUAUAUGUUUCUUACAAAAGUUCCUCUUAUGUGCCUUUUACUUUUGUGAAUCAUGAGGAUAUUGAUGGAACUUGAGCUUCAGUUUAGGUUUCUGGAUUGGAGUGUUUCUCCUUGUAUUAGGGCUGUUAAUACCACCCUGUGUUUAUCUCAAAGCUAAAGAUACGAGGUGUCAAACUACAUUUCUUUCUGCUUUCAUUUAAAUGGGGCCUGCUUGCUACUGCUGCCAUUACUGUGUUGAAAACCUUGUUUCUAUAGGAAGUCUCCAAUGAUACCGUAAUGUUGUUACUGACUAUUAUUGCAGUGAGUGUUGGAGCAUUUCAGAAUUAGUUCGUUUGACUAGUGCUUUUUUUUUGCCUCAUAUUUUGUGUAGAUAGCUGUUCUGACUUGCUUGAGCAUCAUAUGUUUCAUGUAUGUUGAGUGCAUUGUUUCAGUCCCUAUAUUGUGAGCCAAAAAUUGGAGGUUAUGCUAUUUCCCUGCUGCUGUUGUUGGCGCUGCUAACUAUGAAUUCUAUUUUUAUCUUGAAAACAGGUUGUGGUGGUUGAUCCAGAGGCGUAUACCUAUGACGAUGAGGUGCUAAAGAAAGCUAAAGCUAUGGGCAAGCCAGGUCUUGUGGAGAUAUAUGCCAAAGAAGACAGUUUCAUCUUUACAGUUGAAUCCACCUUUAUGGAAGUUUUCAGAAUUAAAUUGACGGUCAAACUGAUCAAACCAUCAAUUUUCGGUUCAAUGAGUUCGUCCAUCUUUAAUCACGAGUUCAAUUAAUUUUUUUCUUGGUUCAACUGAUUUACACUUAUUUAUGAAUCAAUUGAUCUAAUUUGAACCGAUAUAGUUGAAACUAAA